AGCUACCUCGGAGUUUUUGGAAGUAGCAAAGUUGUCUGCCAAUUUUAUUUUAGUGCGUUGUGCUCCAAACAUGCCGGUUUCUGAAAGUGAUAUCGAUCCACUUGCCCUAGAAAUAUUAGAAGAAGUAACUCCAGAUAUAAGAAGCAAGUCUGGCGUAUGGGAAAAUGAAGAUCUUGCUCAGGUGAAAUACAAGGUGUUGAGAGGUCACCAUGAAGGGAUCAAUUCUGUUCAGUUCUGCCUGAAUGACACUCACAUUGUGACAUCAUCAGAUGAUAAAACAUGUGUGCUUUGGAGCAUGGAAACGGGUGAGAAAGUGCAGGUGUUUGAGGAUCAUGGAUCCAUCGUUAGCGAAUGUCAUAUGAGUCCUGAUAAUACCAAGCUAGUAUCGGCAUGCUGGGAUAAGCAUGUCAGAGUAUGGGAUGUUGAGACAGGUAAAAUAUUGUGGCAAGGAACUCAUGGUGGUAUUGUGACAUGCAGUCAGAUCUCUCACGAUGGCAAGUAUGUAGUCUCGGUCUCAGACCUUGAUAAUGUAGUUGCAGUGAGAUCCAUACAAGACGGUAGUCUAGUCAGCAGUGUAAAUGAUCUCCACAAGAGUACCAUCACAUGCUGCCGUUUCUCCCCUGAUGACAAUCGCCUCUGUACUACGUCUAUGGACAAAACCAUUAAACUCUGGGAUAGGAAUAGCAAGAAAGUCACCCUCCAGCUAGAAGGUCACAUCAACAUAGUAUCGUGCUGCUGCUUUAGCCGUGAUGAAAGACAGCUCUGUACGGGAGCUUGGGAUAAGAUUCUUCAGGUUUGGGAUGUAUCAACGGGAAUGUUCAGAUCAGAAGGUCCCAGAACUUUCAACAAAGGUCACGAAGGAUCAGUUAGUGCUUGCUGCUUCAGCCCAGAAGGUACUUUGCUCUUCUCUGGGUCCUAUGAUCGCACAGUGGUUGUUUGGGAUGCUAACAAUGGCGGACUCAAACUCACACUCAAGGGUCAUCAGGAUUGGGUAACAGGACUUGAUGUUUCUCAGGAUUCUAACUGGGUUUUAUCAAGCUCUCGGGAUAAAACUGUCAGAUUGUGGCACAUUGGGGACAGCGAUAAGAUACCGGUAGUCAUGGAAAACAAGAUGAACAUGGGUCUGAAGAUCAUCAAGUGCGAUGAAUGUGGGAAGCCAUUUUCUAUCACCCAACUAGAGAAUGUUCGGGAGACCCAUAUGUGUGUAUUCUGCAGAAUGCAAGCCAGUCGUCCUUUGCCAUCUUUCGAGGAUGUCGAGGAGUUUCCUUGACAGAUCUAUGAACUGCUGUGGUAAAAUAAACUUUGCUUUAUCAGUUGCAUCUGAAAUUGUUUUUGGAGAUAAACUUAAAAUCUGGAUGUCAGUGGUUCCUCAAGGGUUUUCUUUAGUGAGUGUUGGACAUCUACAGCUGAUGGGCAUCAUUUUGAGUAAUAGAACUACAGAUUCCAUCUCGCUGAAGUAUUACCAUAAGAUGAGAAGCAUUUUUUUUCACUAUCGAGGAGGAGGAAAGUUUAUUGAGACAUGAGAACUCGAUCCAAUGUAUGAAAAAUAAACAAAUGUUUAGGGUACAUGUAUGUUGACUGAUAUGAAUAUUUAUGGGAACAAUUCAGUCCUAUUACACUCCUGGGCUUACCCUGAGUUUUUAAAUGAAGCAAUGUACCACCUCUGAUAUUGGUGGUGAUAUGUUGAAGAUGACAAAGUUGCCUCAUACUCUCUUGAAUGACAAAAG